UUUACAUCCUUACUGGGUAGCUUGCACAAACAAAUUGAUUUUUCUCCCAAACUAACUGUAGCUCCACUCUAACGUAUAAAUAAAUAUACAACAAAACUAAGGCGUGUAAGCGUUUUAUCAAACUCGACAAAUAAAGAUGACAACAUCUCAAGUUGACCAGAAACGUGCCCUAAUCAAGCUAAAGCAUGACUUGGAACCAUUUCGCAAUGCCAUUGUAAGUGGAUAUGGUGUUCUUACCUGGGAAAAACAAUACUAUGCCGGCGUCGUCUUUGGCGCCAUCAGUAUCAUAUAUUUGUUGCUAUGGUACAUGGAUUUGUCCUUCAUAACUCUAUUCUCAUUGCUGGCCUUAUUGGCAUUCUUCAUGGACUUUGUCAUUCCGAUGCUGUCGCGAUUGGUCUCUAAUGGUGGAAAUUGGGAUGGCGAACAGGAGGCUAAAUUUGAGGAAGUGUGUGGACAGCUAUAUAACAUUAAAUCAAGUAUCAUUGAUUGGUAUGAUUAUCUGUUCAAAGAGCGCAAGCCAACAAUGGUUGUGAUCAUUAUAAGCUUGGGCCUACUGGUUCUGGCUUGGAUUGGUGCCAUUAUCAACAAUCUUUUGCUCAUGUAUUGUGCUACUGUUCUGGUAGCCAUGUGGCCGGGGCUGAAUGAGAAGGAUGUGUUCAAGUCCCUUACCCAGAAGGCUUCUAAGAUAAUCAAUGAUAAAAUUCAAUAUGGCAAAAAGAAGCUGCAGUAAAUGGCUAACUUAUGUUUAUUAAAUUAUUACAUGGACUAUUAAAUAAAUCUCAUCAACACACAAACACUCACGUGCACACACACACAAUCCAGCGUAUUCGACGGAAACAAAAAACAAAGAAAACACAUUCGAAUAUAUAACACUAAGUCAUUUACUUUGCCAUCUCAUACAUACAUACAUCCUAAUCAAUAAAUAUAGUAUAUCGUAAAAUAUAA